AUGUCUGACAACCGCGCACACGCUGCUGCAGCCGGGCGACCGGUGUUUAGAAUCCGCCAGCCUAUUGAGAUAAUCCGCGAGCCAGGGGAUUUCUACCAAGAGCUUUUGCGCGGAAUACAGCGUGCCAAGCGGCGGAUCUACCUGAGCAGUUUGUAUAUUGGCAGCGAAGAGACCGAACUCAUUGGGCAUUUGGACCAGGCUCUGGCGCAUAACAGCUCGCUACAAGUGCAUAUCCUUUUGGAUUGCUUGCGGGGCACGAGGACAAAUAAAAGCAGAGAGAGUUCGGCGACAUUGGUGGCACCGUUGGUGCAAAAGUACGGGGAGGACCGCGUGCAUGUGUCCAUGUACCAUACGCCGGCGCUUAAUGGGCUGAGCAAGAGGGCGUGGCCGCAGAGAUAUAAUGAGACCUUUGGCCUGCAGCAUAUUAAACUAUACUUAUUCGACGACGAGACUAUUAUUAGCGGGGCGAAUUUGAGUCGGGAUUACUUUACGAACAGGCAGGAUCGGUAUAUGAAGGUAGAUGACCGGGCGAUGGCGGACUACUUUGUCGAACUGGUUGAGGCCAUCGGGUCGUUUUCGUUCAGGCUGCGGGGGGUUGCCCAGGGGCAGAGUGGGUUUGGGCUGGAGAUGGCCGGCGGGUUCCCUGACCCGUCGCAGGAGCCGCACGAGUUUGUGCGCCGGGCGAACGACAUCAUGGCGCAGUUUCUUCUCCGAGCUGAAACCCAGCACACGCUGGCAUCCAUGCCAGAGCCCACAGAGACUCUGGCGAUUCCUACGGUGCAAAUGAGCCAGCUCGGAAUCACCCAGGAUGAGUCGCACAUGGACGAGUUUUUCCAAAUCACCAGCUCCUAUGCUCGCCGCCAUGGGUGCCGCAACCUCAUGGCAUCAGCGUACUUUAAUUUUUCAGACUUCCACAAGGAGCACGUGCUUUCGAGCCACAGCCGCUGGGACCUCCUUGUGGCAUCGCCCGAGGCCAACGGGUUUUACGCAGCCAAGGGUAUUUCAAAGUACAUUCCGGAUAUGUACAGUAUCAUAGAGUAUCAGUUCUUAAAGGCUGCUAGGAGACGCGCCAGGGGAGAUAUAGCUGUGGAGGAGUAUGUGAGGCCUGGGUGGACGUACCAUGGGAAAGGUGUUUGGUGCUAUUUGGAUGAGAAGUUGCCGCAGUUGACUAUGAUUGGAUCGCCGAACUACGGGUAUAGGUCGGUUUAUUGUGAUUUGGAAGCGCAGGUGACUUUGAUCCCUGGGUCCGGCGCUGGACUGCAGACGGAUAUUCAUCAGGAAGCGCUGUACUUGCUGUCGCAUUCAAAGAUGGUCGAUGAAAAUGAGCUGAAGCAGCGUAUACGCGGGUCGCCAGUGUGGCUUUAUGGGCUGAAGCCUUUUAUUUUAAAGAAAAUGUAG